CGACGGCAAGUUGACCGCCAGAAUGCCAGAAUGGCCGCCUCGGCCGCCUCGGCCCACCGUGCACGCUCAUUGGUCGAAACCCUUCAUCCGAAGAUUUCCCGGCCGCUCUGCCCAAUCCGCCUGCUUCGACGUCACAUAUAAAACGCGCAUUCCACCAUUCCUUCUUCUGCCGUUUUAUUUCGUCGCUCUCGUCGUCUUCCCCUUCCUUCUCCUCUCAAACCCCCCAACUACUGCGGCGACCGAGAAUCCACGACCGCUCUUCAUUCUUCGCUUGCUCCCUGCUCCCCCUGCGUCUCUGGUUUUCGCUGCGUUCCCUAGCCGCCGCCCUCCCUCCGGAUCGCCGUCCCAAAUGUUGCACUCUGUCUAUACAGCGCUGCGGUCUCUUCUGCCGGUCAUUUCAUUCUGGAGGAACUCGUCUGCCUGGAUCACCAGGUACACCUCCCAAUCCGAAUCCGAAUCCAACCUCCUCCCUCUCCAUGCUCCUGCCCAAGUUCAGCAGAUGGCCGACCAUCUCGCGCACGUCCCGCUCGCGAGCUCGGAGUGGCCCACACACACCCCGGCAUUGGGGGCCGCUGAUCCCGUUCGGCCACGCCGAGUUCAGCGCCUGAGUCCACCGUCACCCUCAAUCCGAGUCAUGGAAGUCGGUCACAAGGUCCACGGCUUAUAA